AUCUCAUUCAAUGUUGUUCAAUUGUAAUUGUUGAUUACCUUUAAUUGUUUGUUUCUUUUUUAAUCUUUUUCAUGUUAUUAAAAAAUUCUAUUAAAUUAUCAACCGUUUGUAGAUUAGAUUGUAAUCGUUGGUUGAGUCAAUGUGUUUCGCUGGAAGAAAUUGCUGAUCAAAUCUAUAGUGAUAGUCCAAAGGAAUCUCGGUUUACUAAACAAUUGCAAGUCAAUGGACAAAUUUACUAUUAUGAAAGAGGAUGUCAACUUGUUUAUCCAUAUUUUAACAUAAGUCAAGCUUAUUGUUUAGGAGAUUGGGUUGGUAAAUACAUUUGUGAGGUCUACUUUAAGAAUAGGGUUAAACCGCCGAAAAAAGUAAUGAAUGGCCUCAUUGAGAAGGGUUUUAUUCGAGUUAAUAAGGAAAAAGUUUCGCCGGAUUAUGUCAUGAAACCUUCUGAUGUUUUAUCUCAUGUUUUUCAUUUCCAUGAAAAUCCGAUCAUUGAUUUACCAUUUAAAACUGUUCAUCUAGACGAUGAAUUUUUAGUUAUUGAUAAACCUCCUGGAAUACCGAUGCAUUCGGCUGGUAAAUACAAGUACAAUUCAUUAAUUACUAUGGCCAAAAACAAAUAUGGUUCAAUUUAUGGUUUCAAUCGUAUCGACUCGGUCACUUCUGGUUUAAUUGUUUUAGUCAGAAAUCAAGCCAAAGCUUCAGAAUUAAGUAAUCAAAUGGCCAAUAGAAAGAUAUCCAAAGAAUACAUUUGCGAAGUGAGAGGAAAUUUUCCCCACGACGAGAUCAAAGUUGAUGUACCUUUAGCCCGUUGUUUCGGUAUCUCUGGACCAGUUAUAGUAGACAAACACUCGGGUCUACCGAGUGUCACCUUAUUUAAGAAAAUUAAAUUUGAUCACAAAAAAGGGACAAGUAUAAUCUCCUGUUCACCUUUGACCGGUCGAACCCAUCAGAUUAGAGUUCAUCUUCAAUAUUUAGGAUUUCCAAUUUUUAAUGAUUUCACUUACAAUUCAACGGCAUUUGGACAAAAUUGUGGUAAAAAUGGCGACUACGGAGGCUUAUCUGAUAGACAGAUAUACCACUUAGCUUACAUUGAAGAUGCAAAACGUAUAGCUGAACUUAGAGAGGAAUCGGUUGAUUGUAUCAAUGAAUAUGAUUAUCUAUUACAAGAUUAUCGUAACGAUGAAUGGGUUGAUUAUACUCACGAAAAUUGUUAUAAACCAGAAUUAGAUUCUUAUUGCCCUGAAUGUUACACAUGUUGUUUAGCUUAUAAAGAACCACCAAUCAUAUCAAAACAGUUUCUUCAUCUACACGCAUUAAGAUACAAAGGAGCUGAUUGGGAAUUUGCUACUCAACUACCUUAUUGGGCUCGAUAAUUAGAUAUUAAUUUCAUCUCUUUUUUUGUUAGAUGUUUGUAUUUUUGAUAUAACAGUUAAUUUGAUUACUUGUAUAAUCAAAUAAUAGACAUAAACGACAUUUCAACACCGA